CAAAAAUCGAUCGAACCAUGUCAUUGUUCAAUUUCUCGGCUUCUGAUAAUUAGCUGUUUUGCCCUCUGUCUUCCCCGUCUCUGUCCAUUGCUUUGUCCACGUCGCAAUGGCUUUGAAAACUGAAGCCCACCACGGUUACGAGUUUGGUGGUCCUCUGGGCGCCAUCGGCAUCUCGUUCAUCCUGCCCAUUGUCUGCUAUGUCUUCGCCUUCCUCUGCAACGAUGUCUCUGGCUGUCCUCCACCCUCUUUGACCGACCCAUCUACUCUCAGCCUCGAGAAGCUCAAGCAAGAAGUCGGUUGGCCUGGCGUCGCUGGCCUUCUCAACACAAAGUCUGUCAUCGCAACCCUUGGCUACUACACUCUCAGUCUGGCCCUCCAGACCUUCUUGCCCGCCCAUGAAGUCCAAGGCACUGUACUGGCCUCUGGCGGCCGUCUGAACUACCGCUUCAACUCGUUCGCUUCGGCCAUGUUCAUCCUCACAGUCGCCGCAGCUGGUACCUUCCUCCAGGGUGCCGACUUCCCUGUCUGGACUUUCAUCAACGACAACUACGUCCAGCUCCUGACCACCAACAUCCUGAUUGGCUACUUCCUUGCCACCUUCUGCUACGUGCGCUCCUUCUCCGUCAAGCCCAAUGAUCCCGACAACCGCGAGCUCGCCCAGGGAGGCACCACAGGUAACAUGGUCUAUGACUGGUUCAUUGGAAGAGAGCUCAACCCUCGCGUAAACAUUCCCAUCUUUGGCGAAGUCGACAUCAAGGCUUUCAUGGAGCUGAGACCCGGUCUUCUCGCUUGGGUUCUGCUGGAUCUGGCUUUCGCUGCCCGUCAAUACGGUACCUAUGGCACUCUUACCGACUCCAUGUACAUUGUUGUCGGCACUCAGGCCUGGUACGUUCUCGACGCCCUGUGGAACGAGCCCGCCAUUAUGACCACCAUGGACAUCACCACUGAUGGCUUCGGAUGCAUGCUCGCCUUCGGCGAUCUCGUCUGGGUUCCGUUCAUCUACAGCAUCCAGGCUCGUUACCUGUCCAUCCAUGCUGUUCAGCUCGGCUGGGCUAAGGUCGCUUUCAUCAUGGCUGUCCAACUCACUGGCUACUACAUCUUCCGCUCUAGCAACGACGAGAAGAACAAGUUCAGAACAAACCCCAACCAUCCCGACGUCAAGCACCUCGAGUACAUUGAGACUGCUCGCGGAACCCGUCUCUUGACCUCUGGCUGGUGGGGCACUGCUCGUCACAUCAACUACCUCGGUGACUGGGUCAUGUCGUGGGCAUACUGCCUUCCCACAUGGUUCUCUGGUUACGUUAUCCACACUGCCGCUCUUACUGGCGAUAAGAUCAUCAGCCAAGGACCCAAUGGCGAGAUGGCCGGCUGGGGCACUCCCAUCACCUACUUUUACAUGCUCUACUUCGCUGUUCUGCUCAUCCACCGCGAACGCAGAGAUGAUGGCCACUGCCGUGCCAAGUACGGAAACGACUGGAACCGCUACUGCGCCAUCGUCAAAUGGAAGAUUCUGCCCGGUGUCUACUAGAUCUACUCUUUAGCAUGACGAAUAGAUGAGUAUGUCUGAACUAGCUCUGCUCACGCAAAAACCAUGACAAGCUCUAAAACCAAUCGAUCAAACGUUUGCAUGUACACACUCACCGA